UUUUCUGGCGACCGCGGCAGGACUCCGAGGGUUGCUGGGACGGUUCGCGUCUCGAUCCACUCCAAGCCGGCGCCGAGCACUUCUCGGAGGAGUCAUCGGGUCGUGCCCGACCCCCCGCGCCUGUCGGACGACUGCAGAAGAGACCUAUUGUCCCGACUUAAUGUGAAAAUAAUAUUUGAAGGGGGAAGGGUGAAAUUGGAGAUACCUGAGGAACAAAUAGCAGGCAUUUUUGUGAUUAAGGAAGUAGAUGCCUCUCCUAUUCCAGAAGAAAUUGAGCAGGCUGUAGUACCCUGGGUGUGGGAGUCGGGGGUCCCCGGGAAAUCUAAAGCUGCCCAGCCAGUAAAAGUGGAACUUAAGGAAGGGGCCCGACCAGUGAGGGUAAAGCAAUACCCCUUGAAGCUUGAGGCAAGGAGGGGAGUAGCCCCGUUAAUUAAACAAUUUUUGGUUCAAGGAAUAUUACAGGAAUGUGAAUCGGAGUAUAAUACUCCAAUUUUUCCAGUGAAAAAGCCUAAUGGUGAAUAUCGUUUGGUACAGGACUUGAGAGCGAUUAAUGAAAUAGUAAAGGACAUACAUCCAGUUGUUGCUAAUCCUUAUACAUUGUUAACAUCUGUAUCGGAGGAGUUUAAAUGGUUCUCUGUGAUUGAUCUUAAAGAUGCUUUCUUCUGCAUCCCACUGGCAGUAGAGAGUAGAAAAUAUUUUGCCUUCGAGUGGGAGAGUCCUGAUUCUGGGAGAAAGAGGCAGCUUACGUGGACCAGACUGCCACAAGGGUUUAAGCUCAGCCCCACUAUUUUUGGAAAUCAACUGGCCAAGGAGCUGGAGGAAUGGAAGAUAACCCAGGUAAAAAUAUCUCCAUCCUUGUAUGUAGUCCUGCAGUACGUGGACGACAUUUUUCUGGCCACUAAGGAAAGGGACAUGUGUGUGGAAUUAACAAUUAAAUUACUUAAUAUGCUUGGCCAAGCAGGGUAUAAGGUCUCUAAGGAAAAAGCUCAAUUGAUCAAAAAUAGCGUUAUUUAUCUCGGUUGUGAGAUCACACAAGGGCAGAGACGUUUGGGAGUUAACCGAAUAGAGGCAAUAUGUGCUAUUCCUUUGCCUCGUAACCAUCAGGAAUUGAGAUCUUUUCUAGGAAUGGUGGGAUGGUGUCGACUGUGGAUCAUGAACUUUGGUCUCCUAGCCAAGCCACUGUAUGAGGCCUUGAAGCAGCAUCGGUUGGAAUGGACGACACAACAAAAGAAGGCCUUCCAGGAAUUGAAGCAGGCACUAAAGGAGGCCCCAGCCCUAGGACUCCCUGACCUGACCAAGGAAUUCCAGUUAUAUGUAAAUGAGAGGCAAAAACUGGCAUUGGGGGUCCUCACCCAGAAGGUGGGAUCAUGGAAGAGGCCAGUAGGAUACUUCUCUAAACAACUGGAUUUGGUAAGUUCCGGGUGGCCCUCGUGUUUACGAGCCGUGGCAGCAACAAUAAUCCUUAUUCAGGAGGCCCGGAAAUUGACUUUGGGGGCAAAAAUGAAAGUGUUUGUUCCCCAUAUGGUCAUGGCUGUUUUGGAGCAAAAGGGGGAUCACUGGCUAUCAUCAAGUCGAAUGUUGCAAUACCAGGCUAUCCUGAGAGAACAAGAUGAUAUUGAAAUAAAGACUACUAACCAUGUUAAUCCAGCAGAGUUUUUACGCAGUGACCAGGAGGCUGGGGGACAAGUGCACGAUUGCGUGGAAGUAAUUGAACAAGUGUAUGCCAGCAGACCCGACCUAAAGGAUGAACCAUUGGAAGACCCUGAAUGGGAACUAUACACUGAUGGAUCCAGUUUUGUUGAGAAUGGGACUCGCUAUGCUGGGUAUGCAGUGGUAACAUCGGAUCAGGUAAUAGAAGCAAAGGCUUUGUUACCUGGAACUUCAGCCCAGAAGGCAGAGGUGAUUAGACUCACCAGAGCUCUGUACUUGAGCAAGGACAAAAGGGUUAAUAUCUGGACAGAUUCUAAAUAUGCCUUUGGUGUAGUUAAUGUGCAUGGGGCGUUAUGGAAAGAAAGGGGGCUUUUGAAUUCACAGGGAACCAAUAUCAAGCACCGGGAAGAAGUGCUACAGCUACUGGAUGCGGUACAUAGUCCCAAAGCAGUUGCAGUAAUGCAUGUUAGAGGACAUCAGAAUGCAGAAGGAGAAGUUUACAGAAGAAAUCAAUUUGCUGAUGUUACAGCACGAUGUUAA